GUCCCUUAUGCUUAGACCAUCGCACACGAUUGCUUCGCACUUUUUGCCUUUAAAGGCAGAAAUGCGCGCCGCAGAAAAGCAAUCGUACUCGAUGUCCAUAGCGCGCCUGGUGCUUUAAAAGAAGCGCGCAAGAUGUGUAGAUUUCACACAACGCACUCGCUAUUCAUUCACUUCAAGGAUUUAACUCCACUCCCCAGAUCAUUCACAACCCCUUCUAUCCUAUCAAACAUUAUCACAAUAUGCCUGCUGCAGGACGUAACAUGACACCUGUCAACUGCCCUGUCUGCCACAAGACUAUAAGCCGCAAGGCGGAUCUUCCUAGACACAUGCGUACGCACGAUGAACACAAGGAGGCUCUUAUGCACGCAUGCCCAUUCCCUAACUGCGAUUACAAGACCCUUCAGAAGUCAAAUCUGCAGACGCACAUCAGGACACACACUCGUGAACGUUCGAAGACGUGCCCUCACUCUGGGUGUGCGUUUUCCACCACCGAUCCGGGUAGCUUGACGCGUCACCGCAAACAACUACAUGGCUACGAGCCCAAAGCGCGUCGCAGCCCCGGUGGAAAAGCUGCCCGACGGACCGCCGCCGCGCCUUACCCCUCUACUCGGUUUAUGAAGCCAGAAAUAGAGAUUCCUGCAUCGCUGGAUCUCAACCACCUAACAUUUCCCGAGCUCGGAGGGCUGGUUUCCUGUGAUGCGCUCUCACCUGCUGAGUUCAGCGACUCCGGCAUCCCCCAAUCCUCGGGCGAGCUCACCGAACUUCCCUGGGAGCGACUCUUCCCCGAUCUCCCUGCCGAGAGCUUCGCCUCCAUCUACGAACAGCCUUCUCAGCUCCCCAUCCCCACCUUCAACUACUUCCGGCCCUCAACUGUCCCCGUCGAUCUCUCCACUCUCCAUAUGCCGCAGUUCGACCCAGAGCUAUUUUCUGAUGUCAACUAUCAGCAGCCCGUUCCUGAUGUCAACUUUCAGUUCCAGCCCGCCUCAGGAAAACAUCUGAACAACCCCCUACCAGCUGAAUUAGACGAGUUUUUGCAGAAACAUGGCUCCGGGUACUUUGAAGACUACGCGUACCCAGACAAUACGAUGUAUCCGAUGGCCCAGCCCUCGUUUACGAACGAAUACUUGUGAAAACUUUCAUCUCACCUUCAUAUUACCUAUGGAUCAUUAUCAUCAUCGACAUCACAAUGUUAUACUCAGCAUUAUCAUUAUCGUUCACUUAUAUCACACUACUUAUAUCAUAUCUUCAUCCGCAUCUUUAGACCUUCAACUUGUGCAUUGUAUUAGUAAACGAAUCUCAUGACUAUAGAUUGAUCACCUCGGCCAGCGGACACGCUCGACGUGCGCCAGUCAGUU